AUGAUAGUCUGCCGAACAUUCUUGUAUAAUACUCGAUGGGGGCACCCUCAGCUUCUUCGAUGGUUUCGUGGGACUUUGCCCAGGUUUUCCCUCCAAGUCUUCCUCAUCCCAACUGACUGGUUCAACAUCUGGUACUUGUUGAUCGGCUAUUGGACUAUAUCGGAAAUCAUGUUCUUGUCGCAUCAACAGAAGCCGCCGAGCUCGCCCAUCUGGGCGCAGCCUAUCCAGAUCCAGCACCCUGCACGAUUCCGGUACAGGACUAUUGUCGCCGCCCUCUGUCUCACGUUGCUCUCUCUUCUCUGGGUUUACAACAGUCACAACGACUCAUUUCAUUUUGGGACGCGGAAGGAUGGCGCAGUACCGGCAGCGGCAUGGAGAAGUAGAGUCACUCAACUGGUGCCGCCCAAGAUUUGGCAAAUCGUCUUGCCCAAGAAGAACCCAGAAUCGGAGAAGGAUCUCACUAUCGACCCUGAAAAGGUGGUAGCCUCGGCCUCAUGGAUCGCUAUGAACUCGGGAUAUUCAUACACCCUGGUCGGCGAGCCAUCGGGCUUGAAGUUCAUCCAGCAGCACUUCCCAAACCGGCCAGAGAUCCUUGAGGCCUACAUCAACAUGCCCAACGUCGGCAUGAAAUCCGACUUUCUCCGAUACCUCAUCCUGGGUCUCGAGGGUGGCGUAUACACUGACACUGACACCGUCGCGCUGAAGCCCAUCGAUAAGUGGGUGCCCGAAGAGUACCGAGACAAGGUGCGACUCAUUGUCGGCAUCGAGUUUGACCGUCGAAGCGGCAGCGGCUGGUUCGACAUCCUCCACUGGGUUCAGUUCUGCCAGUGGACGAUCGCCGCAGCGCCAGGCCACCCCGUAUUCGGCAAGAUGGUUUCGCGAAUCCUGCAGUCGCUGGACAGCUUAGCGGCGACACACUCGAUGCCGAUCAACCAGGUGAAGCCAACUAGCACGGAGGUCAUGAACUCCACGGGCCCGGCGGCCUGGACGGAGACCGUGUUCAAGCAACUGCAGGAGUACGAUAAUACUCUGACGGACAUUAAGAACCUUUCCUAUCUUACGGAGCCAAAGUUGAUUGGCGACGUGCUUGUUCUGCCGAUUGAUGGUUUCGGCAUGGGCCAACCACACUCGAACAGCACGGUGGGCGAACCGCCUGAGGGUGCGUUGAUGAAGCAUCUGUUCCACGGGUCUUGGAGAGGUGAUUAG